GCGACGCUCGCUUGGGCACAUUGCAUCGCACUCUCACCUGCCUUCCUCGCCCACGGUAACAACAACCCCCUCUAGCCCAGCCAAAAUGUCCUCCAACCCCGGCUCCACGUUCCCCAUCGACCCGACGCUCGGCACGCCGCUCGAGCAGAGCCUCCAGCACAUCGUGGACAACAGCUUCCCGGACUCUGAGCACGCCGACCAGGGGGACGAGCUCGCGCCGAGCGAGAAGCGCUCCGACGCCGUCCACUCGCACGGCGCCGACGCGCGCAAGUGGGUCGCGUCGUUCUUCCCCUCUAGCGAGACGCUGGACCGGCUCUUUGCCCACGAGCACAUGGGCAACUUCGUCAUCGACCGCCAGACCGGCCGCAAGCUGUUCGAGUCGAUGCCCAUCUACGUCCGCGUCGGGAUGCACCUCCUCUUCGUCGAGGGGAGCGAGUACAUGGCGUCCAAGCGCGUCGAGAAGCUGCUCACGGAUCAGAGUGUGAAGCAGGGCAAGGUGUACGACCAGACGGGCGCCACGGUCCGCCCACACAUCGAGGCGUUUAUCAAGACGUACUCGCUCCCGCUGGACGAGCUGCUCGUGCAGGACCUGAACCAGUACCCGACCUUCAACUCGUUUUUCGCGCGCCGCCUCGUCGCGACCGCGCGGCCCAUCACAGCGCCGACCGACCUGAGUGUCAUCACGUCCCCUGCCGACUGUCGCAUCGGCGUGUUCCAGACGCUCGACGAGGCGACGAGUCUUUGGAUCAAGGGCAAGAAGUUCACCGUCCCCAACCUGCUCUACGGCGACGACACGGCCGACAAGCGCUUCGAGGCCGUCACGUCCUCGGGCAAGGCCAGCGUCGUCGUGUGCCGCCUCGCGCCGCAGGACUACCACCGCUUCCAUGCGCCGUUUGACGGCGAGAUUGUCGAUAUCAAGGAUAUCACCGGCGAGCUGUACACCGUCAACCCCCAGGCCAUCAACGAGGACCUCAACGUCUUCACGCUCAACAAGCGCUCGGUCAUCCUCGUGCGCGCCAACCUCGGCCCCGGGCGCGAGGCGACGCCGGUCGCCUUUGUCGCCGUCGGCGCCAUGCUCGUCGGCUCGAUCGGCUGGUCCAAGAAGCCCGGAGACAAGUUCCUCAAGGGCGAAGAGCUCGGCUGGUUCCAGUACGGCGGGUCGACUACCAUCGUCGUGCUCCCCGAGGGCGUGGUCAAGUUUGACGACGACCUCGCGCAGACGUCCAAGAAUAAGAUGGAGACGCUCGUGCGUGUCGGCAUGGAGAUUGGCAAGGUCGUGGCGUAGGGCGUGGGCGUAACGGGAGACGACAGCCAUAGUCGUUCGUAUACAAGUAAUGAAUGAAAUGUG